CAAUUCAUAAUAUCUGUUAAAUUACAGGAUUAUUCUUGAGCAAAAGCAACAGAUAUCUUUACUUAUAUUAUUGAAUAUCAAUAAUGUAAAAUAUGUUGUAGGACUAAUCUACGUUCAUUCUAUCAAAUGUCGGGUUAUCUGCCCAUGGGAAUACGACACCUGGUUAUUGUUAUGAUAAUACGAAAGGUGCAAUUCUGAAUAAGUUUAUAUAGAUUUUGUAACUUGAAAUAUGGAAUGUAUUUUAUUACAAUUUUUACAGUUUUUAUUUACAUAAGAAAUUAAAUACUUGUGAAAUUCGUAAGGAUAACAGACACAAUAUUGAAGAUGUGAAAACUUCUGUGGUCAUUAUGGAUAAAAUCAUAUUUGGAAUUAAAUUCUGUAUAUUCUUUAAAUAAUGGGAGCAAAAGAGGAUCCAGAGGAAUUUGAGGAGGAAAUCCAGCCUGAUAUGGAUUCCCAGGUAAAACGGAUACAAGACUCAUUGCAAACCAUUAGAAACGUAAAUACUGACAGUAUGGCGAACACAUCAUCAGGGAAGGAAAAGGAUAAAAAGAGCAAACGAAAACUCAAGGAUAAGGAAAAAAAGGAAGCCGUUGCCUUGCUUGGUGGGGCAGGCAGCAAGCCACCUAAGCCAUUAAAACAUAAACGAGCCAAUUCUAUGGACAUGAACCAUCGGGAUGAUGGUUACUUGAAGCAUAAAGAUCCUCGGCUGUACAGGAGACAGUCUACAACAGUGGAAAUACAAACACCAUGUUUUAAAUGUCUCAGAAGUGCUCUACAUUGUUAUAAUAUUGUUGUUUUAAUUAUGGGAUGUGGAGCUUUAGCUGUUGGAGUGUGGUUGUUAGUGACAGACUUUAGUGCAAGAGAAAUCUCUGUUAUAGUUCAUACAAAUUUAUUUGAAAUUGGGACAUAUUUAAUAUUAGGUGGUGGAGGACUCAUAGCAUUGUUAGCAUUCUGUGGCUGCUGUGGAACCAUGAGAGAAGAUAAAUGUAUACUUGGUUUUUAUGGAGUGGUUUUACUAUUAGUUUUGUGUGCUCUUUGUGUUGGUGGAGUCCUUGCAUUUACAUUUAAAGCAACAUUAAGAGCUGAUAUGUCAACAAAAAUGAUUAAAUCAAUCCAACAACAAUACGGUAAUGAUGUAAGAUCUAACUCUACAAACAGGCUGAUAACUGACGCAUGGGAUUCCAUGCAGAGGAAGCUUGGAUGUUGUGGAGUUACAGGAAAUAUUUCGCACUCAAAACAUUCCUGGGAAAUUUAUAGAGAUGGAAGUCAUUGGUACAGAAGUAGAACUGAGCAGGUUCCAUUUGUACCAGAGAGCUGUUGUACACCCAAUGCUGAUUUAGAAAUGUGUCAGGGCAAAAAGUUUAUGGGUCCUCCAUCUAUGCCUCAUGAACCAGGACACCCUGUAAACCCACAUUUGUAUACAGAUGGAUGUUAUGAUAAAGUUCUUCUCCAUAUACAGCAACAUUCUUUAAUUCUUGGAGCAGUUGCUUUAGCUGUUCCAUUAUUUUUGAUUGUUGGAGUUAUAAUUACAUUUUGUAUGUGUUGUAAAGUUAAAAAGGCUGAAGGUGAAGGUGACGAAGAGAUCUUUUAAUAAUCCACUUAGUUUUGAAACCCGUCCACUCAUAAACACUGCCAUCAAUAACAGUUUUCAAAAGCAAGCUUUAACCAUCAAAUGGACACUCUGAUGAUUUCAUGGAUUUCUUCUGUGACUGAAAAUUUUGCUUGCAUUUAAUUAAAUGAUGCAUAUAAAAAAUUAAAAAGUGGAUUCAAGUGGAUUAAAUAUUUGCCAUUGGAUUAAUAUCACAUGUGGAUUUAUUAUUUUGGAAUUGGAUAAAUAUGGCAGAAAAAAAUGUGUAGUGAUGUGAAAAGUAAAAGAAAUAUAUAAAAAACUUCAAUAAGAACAUUAUUAAUGCUAAGCAUUUAAACGCAGCAUACUACAUAUGCAAAUACAUGUACAACAACAGAAGGUAGAACAUAAUAGUAAUAAACCAGAGUUAGAUAGACCAACUAUUCUUUUCACAAACAGUAUGAAUAAUUUAACAUUAUUCAAGUUGAUUUGAAUAGUACUUAUGCGACUGUGACAAGUGAAGAAGAUCUGGCACCAGGACAGUCAUUUUGUAGCCAUUUGUUGCUUUAGUGCUUUGUACAAAGGCUUUUUGUUAUUGGUUGUGAUGUGCUUAAAACAGAAGUAGUUUAAUCAGGAAGAUAUUUAAUGUGGUGGAGUAAACUAGGACACAAAACAUUCCAAAGUAUAUAUAUAUAUUAUUGUUUCCAAAUACUUGAUCAAAAAUUGUUUUUAAUUGACUUGUGAAGCCAUCACAGACAUUGAUUACAUAUGUUAACUAUAUGUAGUUCUUAUUUGCACAACACGUACAUAUGACAUAUUAUUGUUGUGUAUAACAUGCUUUUGUUGUAUAAACCAAAUGCUGCCAUUUCAUUCCAGAGGUUUAAACAAUGUACGCUUUGGAGAUUUUUUUUAAUAAUAUAUGUCUUACUUUGGCUACAGUGUAGAAGAAAUGCUGUACAAACUUUUUUUUUAGUUUUACUGUAAAAAAGGAAAAAAGUUACAGAGAAAAAUGAAGUACACUUUGUAUGACCAUAUAUGGUAUUAAUGAUUGACAUUUAAUUUCAAUGUAAACAUUACUAAAAAUAGAAAAUAAUUCACAUGAUUACAUUAAAGGACAACAUUUAUGAAUAAGCUACAGUGUCUACAACUGAAGGGAAAACUAGCUUUCUGUCCAAGAAAUGAAUAGUUUAUUCACAGUGGUACCAUUACAGAGAAAUUGUUUCCUAGUUUAAUGUCCAGGGGAUGCUAUCAAUUUAUGAAAAUUAUGUGCACUUCUCAAUAGUAUAAAUAUAUAUGCCAUGCAUAUGUUAUUUUUGUGACAUAUGUGUUCCAUAUGUUACCUUUGCAUGUGUGUUCAUAUAUUCAGUUGACAUAUGUGGAUCACGUAUGGUUCACAUGUUAGUCACUUACAUAAUAUAUGGUUAAAAUACAUAUAUUCAAAGAUUGAUUGUAUGCCCGUUACAAUUAUGAAGAAAUUAAAAAAAAUCUGUGGCUCACAGAUAUUACAAAUUUACCAGAGUAAAUAGUUUUUGAAUCAAUUGAUGCAAUAUUAAGAUGUAGGAAAGACAUACUUGCUACACAUUAUCUUUAUUUGUACUGGUUUGUACAAAUUAUAAAAGUUGAAAAGUAGAUCUCAAAACAUUUCAUGAAAAAGUAUCCAUUUAAUCAUUUAACAGCAAAGUUAACACAUUUCUGUAUUUUAAAUACACUUUACAAUCAUUUUGUUUGAAUUUUAACAUCAACUAUCAGAAUAGAAUGACCCACCUUUCAUGAAGAAUCAAAAUCUGGUCACCAAGAAAUAAAACAUGAAGCUGGUUCCUUGUUCAAAUAUGCUUUGAAAUCAGUCAUUGUGGUGUAUGUGUAUUAUUGAAAAAUAAAAAAAUCAUUGCUUUUUUUUUGUUGAUAUUCACAUAGUUUUGAUUACUGUGGAUUCAAUAUUAUUUAUGGGGUACCAAUUUCUGUUGGUAUAUUUGAAUAAGAAACUUCAACCUGCAACAAAUUUUCAAUAGGCUUGUUUGCAGACUUUAUUGAAACUGUAUAAAAAAAAUCAUGAAAGUGCCAACUUAUUUAAAUCCACAAAAAUAAAAAUAAAAAUCCACUAAAACCCACAUCUUCUUUUAUACUCUAAAUUGGUACCCUUGAAAUAAAUAAAUCCACAUUAAUUCUUUGUUAUUAUGUUAAGAUCAUUUUUCUUUUUUGUAAAUAUUUACUUACAGCAUUAUUUUCAUUAGAACUGUAGAAUUGAUUGCAUUGUGAAAUACUAAUAUUUACUAACUAGUAGAGGAGUAGUCUGUAGCAUAUUUGGCUUAGUUGCAUAUUUUAAAUCACCUGAAAAUUUUGUUUUAUAGAAUUAGAAAUGGUAUUUCAUUAGUAUUAAACAAUACAGUCAGUUAUGUGGAUUUUUUAGUUUUUUCUCUCAUAUUGUUUUAACUUGUUAUUUCAUUUUUCUAGAUUAGAGAAAACUCUUAAAGAAACUUUUCUAAGGUAUCUAUUCAAAAUAGUUUUAUUUUAACUUCUGUUAUAAGAGGAUAUAUAAAAUUGAAGGUAUGCUGAUUGUAAUUUUAUUAUUCACUUUUGAAUUUGUUGUACAGAUACAAGAGUAUUUAUAUAUUUAAUUAAACUAUCAACUGAAAUCAAGACAUAAAUGACAAUCUCAUCCAUAAAUUAUCCAAGAUUGAUAAAAAAAAUUAUGUCGAAUUGUAUUGUAUAAUAGAACUAGGUUACAUCAGAUAUAAGAAUAUUUGUUUAUGUGUCCAGAGUUCACAUAAUGGACUGGUCAUUAGACCAAACAUACAUCCAAACUGCAUUUAUUGUUUUUCAUAAUUCUGUUUUAAUGCUAGUCAAUUAUUACAUUUUUCAUGAUGUAAAUAUAAAUCUUAUUUCAUUUACAAAUGUUCAACAAACUGUUUAGAUAACUCCUAUUGCGCAUGUAGUAUGUUUUGAAUAUGUGAAAAAAUAGUUCAUAUCAGUAACACAUGUUCCCGUCCCCCUAAAAAAAUAAGUUGUUUUUUUGAAAGAAUAAGUUGUUUUUUCCUUACCAAAAAAAAAACGUUUAAAGAUUUAUAUAUAUAUGUGUAAAAGAAAAGAAAAUGAAACUCUUGGUCUUCGUUAGUUUAAUUGAUUUUGUUUUGUUUUUUUCUGUGAUACAGUUUGUUACCUCUUUUACUUGCCAGUUGGAUAUUACAAAUAUAUGGACUAAAUAUUGAUUUAAAUGCCAGUAAAAAAAUGUUUAAAUUUAUUGGACAAUACAUGUAUUAUUCUAAAGAUUGAAUAUCUUCAUAUUUUAUUAAGAGCUCUGUGAUUAGUGUAGUAAAGUUGUGAACAUUAAGUUAGUGUUUAUAUUUUAUUUGUUGUAUUUUCCAUUGUUACAUAUAUUUUAGAUUUAUUAUUAUUUAAUUUGUUGAUACUUAAGGUUUUAUAUCAUUAAUUACUGGUAAGAUUUUUGUCAACCAGCAACAAUACUGGACAUAGAAAUAGCUUUUGUUAAAAACUGCAUUUUAAAAGAAUUUCCAAAGGCAGCUUAAGGGGACUAUUCCGACUUGCAAGACCCUCAUGGUGGUCAAAAUUUGCCCCCCUGUCAUAUGGAACUAUUUGAAUAAAAGAAGGUACAUUUUUGGACAUAAUGGGACCUACUAAUUCACUGAAAAUAGAAAUAUGAAUCAUACCACUAUUGGUUACCAAGUUUCAUCAUCUGAACUCAGAUUGUGAAGGAAUUAGAUAUCUUUUCUAAAUUUUACUUUGAAUUAGUUACAGAAGGGUGAUAAGAAAUUUUACCAGACAUAAAAACAUUCUUACUUCAGGAGAACAUAGAGGAAAGUCUAGCAAAAAGACUUAAAAAAAUCCCCAUCUUUUUGUAUACCAUCAUUAUUUCAUUUUAGCAGUUAAUAAAUGAAGGACUGGUUAUUUUCUCAUGAUCUUUAAUGUAAGGGUACUCAUUUGAAGAUUUUAUAAAGGUUCCAGUAAGAUUUUUAUUUCACUUUUUUCAGACAAUAUGGUAUAAUUGUAUAAUAGUGUUGAUCACAGUGCCAUAUUCUGAGAUACUUAUAUCAAUGUUAAAGUUUUUGUUUUGUUUGUGUUAAACUACCAGUAUUUCUUAAAAAAGGAUUAAUCCAAUAAGAAUUUAAAGACAGGAGAUAUCAUUUGCAAAAUAUACACAUCUAAUAUAUGCUGUGUAAAUUCAAACAAGAAUAUAAAUAUCAAAAAGAAGAAUUAUUAUACUUUUCUUCACAAAGAAUUUGUGAGCAAGUUCUAAAAAGAAGUUGAGAAAGAGCACCAUACUAUAUAGGAAUAUUUUACAGUUCAACUUUGUGUGUAUAGAGCACCAUGAAAUAUAAGACUAUAUUUUUAAGUUCCAGUAAUUUCAAAUCCUAUACAAAUGAACCAUUUCAAGAUGAACAAACAUUACAAAGAAAAAUUUAUGAAGAUACUUCCGGUGUUCAAGAAAUUGAAGUUCUAAAGUACUUAUUUAUAUGUCCGAUUAAACAUAUCUUAUAUUGUUUAGUACAAUUCUACAUUUAUAUUAAUUAUUUAAAGGAUUGAUAUUGUAUGAUUUCAGGGAUGCUUUCCAAACUUAUUUACUUUAUUAUUUUAUUGAAUAGUAUAUGGGAGCUUGGAUUCAUUAUAUAUGAAAGUACCAGUAAAUUAAACCAGUUUACAAUGUAUCUCAUGUAAUGUUGAGUACAUCGCAAUGUUGAACACCUUUCCUGAUCCGAAUUUAUGUCUACGCAGCAAAAAUAUCAUUUGUUCAUCGGUCAUAUCUUAGAUAAAAUCACAUUCCUUUCAUACAAUGGAUACACAUCAUCAUUAUGUAUAAAUUCAAGAUCAUUGUACAGAAUUUUUAUCUAUGUGUAGAAUAAUCAUUAUAUUACAUUUUCCUUCUUUUUUUGUUUUAAAAAUUAAAAAAGUUAAUUAUAAAUUGUAGUCAGAAAUAAAUGCGAAUCUUUUAAUA